UGCACUGACGGCAGACAGAAAAAUGGUCAACAGCUGAUAAACAUAACCUUUUAAAAACAAAAAUUGAAAAAACGGUCAAAUUUAGCUUUUCUAUAAUUAAUAGUACAAAUUUCGUGGCCAUUCCUAUAAGGAAUGUAAAAAUCUACGAUGCGACCGCAAAAGUUUGUGAUUCCGUGUAAUAGUGAGAGCUUUGCAAAUUUAGACAGAAAAGUUAUAAUAGUUUCGGUUUUUGGCAAAAGCCAAUAUCGAGCGAAAGGAUGCAAGGCAGAAAUGUUCAGUUCUGUUCUACAAAUGGAUUUAUUGGAUGAGCCAGGUGUUGAUAAAGGAUCUUUGUGUGAAAUCGAAGGUUACCAUGACUCAAAAACUAGGACAGUAUAUUUGCACUUGAGAGGAUUAUUAGAUGCACAUACACUUAUCAACGAGUAUGAUCAAUUCAUUGAGAAACAAGAUCGUAAGGAUUUUCUCAGUGCUUGGGCUCACAUGAGAAAUAAAUACUCAAGAGCACUACUUGUAUUAUUUCACUUGUCUCAUGUAGUCAUUCUAAGUCAUCCAACUCAUACGUUUGAUCAUAGUUACGUGCAUUUAUUCAGAGCUCUUGAAAUAGUCAGGCAAAAAACCUCAGCCCAGUUAUCUGAUUUUUUGAGCUCAGUACCAGGUGUACCAAAGGAUUGGAUUUCUAAUGGUAGGCCAUGUUCUCCAAGGGUAUUAUUUUAUUUUGAGUCUUGUCCACCUGUUUUUAGAGAUGUGGAAAGUGAGGCAAACAUUAAGAAACUUGAACAUUCUUUAGAAGAUAGAAUAUAUCAAGUUUUAAGAAAAAAUAGAAUAGUUACAAAUAUUAGUUCAAAUUCUCUAUUUGCCAUUCCUGCGAAUCAGGAAUUCGUUUUUGUACAUACCGGUGAUACAGAAACUCGAGAUAUCCUGGCCUAUAUGACUAGACAAUUAGUGAAAAGCUGUACAUUAACCCCUGGAGGGACAAACGUAAAACCUUAUUCAAAUAUUGAUCCAGUUGUAAAUAGCGACGACACAGAAGAGGAACCACAUACAUUUAAAAGAUUUCUGCAACAACAUAUCAAUUUAGCGUUUUCAAAAGGCUUUGAUGACAACGUAGGUCGUCAUCCAGCUCCAUCGCAUUUUGAGAUACCAACGUUAUCAUUAUUCUUUAAUGUAGCCAACAAAGUAUAUGAAUUUUUUAUACAAGGCCCAGACAAAGAACUCCUAAGUCUUCAUGGACUUUUAGAUACUGAUGUUAAGUUCAGUAGAAGCCGUUGUACAAAAGUUCUGCCUAGAGCAUUACAAGCUUAUCAAGAAAAUCUUCCUCAACACUACACAAGGACUUAUCACGAAUCAAAAUUAGCUCAUGCAAUGGCUGUAUUCGAAAUGCACGCACGAGGUCCACUUUUUGACGAAUUUAGCGAAAAGCUGCAAGAGGAAUGUGACAAGCACUGGCGCGCUGGUCGACAAAUGUGCCAAGUUCUCUCACUUACUGGAAAUCCAUGCACAAAUCCGAUUCACAAAGGAGGUGGUGAAGGUGCCGGUGGAGGAGAGCAACUUGACACUCGCGAGGAUUACAAUGACUUGCCUAUCAUGGAACACUGCAGCGGCGUUCGCUAUAUAUGCGCGUGCAAUUGCGGCCGGUGUCAAGGAUCUCGCGAGGAUCCUUUCAAUCUUAAACAAGCUAACUAUGACUAUUUUCAAAUGUUGGCCAUACAAUGUGGUUGCAACCAGCUAGAAAGUAUUCAAUUUCCGGUCUUUCAACCUAGCACUCACAAUUAUCGAGCGGCGCAACUGUUUUCUACGACCAAUCGCAAGGAUUCAUUGAUACGUACAGAAAUCGCUACACCACAAGGUCACACGCAAAUUUGCAGUCUAGGAGUGAACGAUGAAAUCACAGCUUAUGGCAGUGGAGGUCAAUCACCUCCAGCUCAAAGUGAUCUAAUAGAAGAAGAUACACAAAGAUUGAGCGACAAAACUAGCUUUACUCCAGGGGAUGAGAACAAAGUUGUCAUUGCAGUCACUGAUGUUGACUCGGAAAAUUCCAAGGAAAAAUCACUCAUAAGACAACCUUCCACCACAGAGUAUCUUCCUGGGAUGCUGCACACAGAAUCUCCUGCUGGCUUACUCCCACAAUUUUCUAGCUGGUCUUUGGUUUGUCUUGGCUCAAGCAGCAUUUAUUCUCAUAAUCUGGGUUUGCAACACCAGACAGGUGUGCUUGCUAACUCUGCUUUCUUACUGCCAUGGGAUGUGACUGUCAGGCUUGAGCAUCAAAAAGAAAGAGGUUCCCUUUGGCCAACUGUAAAUGAUAAUAACCAGCACAACUUUUGUCAACGUGGAAAAAAUUUCCAAAACUUAAGUGCAAUACGGUGUAGAAAAUCAAAAAGAGGCAAAGAACUGCUGGUAAAAAUAUUUGUUGGAGUUGAAUACGAAUGUCCCAGGGGGCACAGAUUUAUGGCUUCAACUCCAGAUAAAGUUCUGAAGGCAACUGGUAUUGGAACUGUUAAAGACAAUGGAAAUAAAGUCACUUCCAGUACAACUGACAUGCCACUGUAUUUCCCGUGCCCUUGCAGGCAACCAAAACCUUUGAUUGCACAAUUGAUGAGGAUACAUGUUGUAACACCAAAAGCACCAGUUCAUGUUACACUGAAUCCACGUAUUCAACCUGGACCACCUCCCUGUCCAAUCUUUGUCACAGGCUGUGAAGAGCCUAUAAAACUUUCUCAAAGCGCUUAUUGGAUUCUUAGGCUACCUUAUGUUUACAUGGGAGAUAAGGGUCCGUACUUACCACCAAAAGAACCUGUUCCAAUAUCGCAUGGCAGGCUACUUGCAGGAAUGUACGGCAUCAGCGAAGUGGUGGGUGAUAAAAAGUAAGAGGAGUAAAUAUGAAAGAGAUGAAAAUGACUGAUAAAACUGUAUAUUUACUGUUACUUUUUUGGACGAUAAGAAAAAUGUAUAUAUAGCGAAUAAAAUAAUUUGACUAGUUUUGAAAA